AUGGGCGACUAUAGACUCUUCCUAGACGUGCUCGGCAUACGGAAUGCCUCGAAGAAUUUAAUGUCGUUAUCUCCUCCCUCGUUCACUGCAGUGUUGCCAACGAAUCAAAGUCCCCCUUUCGCCGGUAACCCCGCGGACUGGCCUAUAUUUAUUAGUUCGUUUGUCAAUACAACCGCCGCGUGUGGAUAUUCCAGUGUUGAAAACUUAACCCGACUACAACGAUGCCUGAAAGGUGCAGCGUAUGAAGCAGUAAGAAGCCGUCUCCUUCUCCCGGAAUCAGUGCCGCAGGUCAUCAACACUCUUCAGCUUCUCUAUGGACGUCCGGAACUCCUGAUCAAUGUGCUGUUGGAUAAGGUGAGAUCGACUCCAGCACCUAAGGCGGAACGUCUAGAAACGCUCAUCGAGUUUGGAAUGGCAGUACAGAGCUUGUGUGACCAUUUGGAGGCAGCAGGUCAACAGUCCCACCUGAUGAACCCGUGUUUGCUGAUGGAGCUGGUGGAAAAGUUGCCCGCACAUGUGAAAAUGGAGUGGGCGAGUUUCAUGCAGCGGUUUCCUGAGGUGAACCUUAAGACUUUCGGAACCUUCAUGGACGGCAUUGUGGUAUCGGCCAGCAAGGUAACCCGAUAUACUGGAGGAUACGGAAAAGGAGCCAGCGUGGACAAGUCAACAACGAAGAACAGAGGGUCGAUCAACACGCAUGUUAGCCAACCGGAAGUACCGAAGAAAGAGGAUAAGCCAUGUGGUGUUUGCAAGCGGCGAGGGCAUCGGGUACGGGACUGCGACAACUUUAAAGCGCUCUCUGUCGACGACCGGUGGAAGACAGCGCAGGACAACGAACUUUGUCGCAGCUGCUUAAAUGCGCACGGCAGAAGAAGUUGUCGAAGUGCAACCCAGUGUGGAAUCAACGGAUGCCCUUUCCGCCACCACCCACUACUGCAUUCCAACCGUAGUAAUCGACCGUCCAGUGGAUCAACAGCCCCCAGGGUAGCGUACAAUAUCGAAACUGCGGGAAAUCAUGCACAUCGUAUGCAGGAUCAAUCGCUGCUUUUUCGUAUAAUUCCAGUGACGCUCUAUGGACCGAAGAGAACAGUGAAAACCUUUGCAUUCCUGGACGACGGCUCGUCCUUAACACUAGUAGAAGAGGAGCUUACAAACAAGAUCGGUAUCGACGGGAUACCGGCACCAUUGUGUCUAACCUGGACGGGGAAUGUGUCCAGAAUCGAAGCUGAAUCGAAGCAGUUGCAGUUAGAGGUGUCCAGCGCUAACGGUGGAAAGCACCACCAACUGAAGAAUGUGCGUACCGUGAAAAAACUAGCUCUGCCUGGUCAGACGUUGCGAAUCAACGAGUUCGUGGACAGGUAUAAGCAUCUUCGCGGCCUCCCACUUUCCGGAUACGAGAACGCAGUACCUCAGCUGCUGAUAGGAGUCAAAAACUUACGGUUUACAUUACCGUUGAAGGUGAAAGAAGGUGAUUCCAACGAACCAGUUGUCAUGAAAACCCGUCUGGGCUGGUGUGUAUACGGGGGGAUCGAUACUUCGUUGACCAAUGCCGUCAAUUUCCACGCUUGUGAUUGUGACUCGGAUCGUGCACUGCACGAACUGGUGAAGGAUUAUUUCACUCUAGAGGACGUCGGUUCCAGACCGAAGAAUGAAUUGCUGUCAGCCGAUGACAGGAGGGCUCAGCAUAUUCUGGAGAAGACCACUACACGGGUGGGCAAUCAAUUUGAGACAGGGCUGUUAUGGAGGUACGACGAAGUUGAAUUUCCGGACAGCUACGGAAUGGCUUUACGAAGACUGGAGUGUCUAGAACGUCGGAUGGUGAGGAAUCCAUUAUUAAAAGAGAAAAUUCACCGUCAAAUUGAAGAGUACCAGCAGAAAGGUUACACGCAUCGAGCUAACGAGGAGGAGGUAAAAGCAGUCGACCCUAGAAGAGUCUGGUACCUACCGCUGGGAGCGGUAGUGAAUCCAAAGAAGCCGGAAAAGGUCCGGCUCAUCUGGGAUGACGCAGCUGUAGUGGAUGGAAUCUCCCUCAACGCAAUGCUUCUCAAAGGCCCGGAUCAGCUCACAUCAUUGCCAGCUGUAUUGUCGCGGUUUCGCCAGUUUGCGGUGGCAGUCGCCGCCGAUAUUCUAGAGAUGUUCCAUCAGUUGAGGAUCCGUGGAAUAGAUCGACACUCGCUGCGUUUCUUGUUUCGUGAAGAUCCAACCGUUACACCAGAUGUCUAUGUUAUGGACGUGGCUACAUUCGGGGCUACCUGCUCCCCAGCAUCGGCGCAGUAUGUCAAGAACAGGAAUGCCGCAGACUUUGCCGACAAGUAUCCAAGAGCUGUCGAAGGGAUAAUAGAAAACCACUACGUUGACGACUACCUCGAUAGCUUUGGUACAGUAGCAGAAGAAGUGCAGAUAUCGGAGCAAGUGAGGGCGAUCCAUAGCACAGGAGACUUUCUGCUACGAAACUGGCUGUCAAACAGUGCUACCGUGAAGCAGCAAUUGGGUGAAAUCACAGACUCCUCUAACAAACACUUGUUUCAUGAUAAAACUACAGAAAGCGGACGCGUACUGGGCAUGCUGUGGUUGACGGACGAAGAUGCAUUAAGCUUUAGCGCACAGCUGAAGGAAGAAGUGCAGCAAAUCGUGGAAAAUGAAUCCCGUCCUACGAAGAGACAAGUUCUGCGGGUUCUCAUGAGUUUUUUCGAUCCGCUGGGCUUGUUGAGCCCAUGGUCCAUGUGCUACCGUCAGCUGCAGUUACACGUCUUCGUGGACGCGAGCGAGGCUGCGUAUGUAGCUGUUGCGUAUUUUCGGAUCGUCGACACAAAUGGUACGUCAAAAUGCGCUCUGGUGACAGCAAAAUCCAAGGUUGCGCCCCUGAAACACCUGUCCAUUCCACGGAUGGAGCUACAGGCUGCUGUACUUGGAACUCGAUUGAUGCGUUUUAUUCUGGAGUCCCAUACCGUAACUAUAACUGAGCGGUACAUGUGGUCGGACUCUACAACAGUUCUGGCGUGGCUUAGAGCGGAUCCCCGCAAGUAUAAGCAGUAUGUAGCCUGCAGAAUCGGGGAAAUAUUGGAACAGACGGACGUGAACGAGUGGUGGUGGGUACCUUCGAAGAAUAACCCAGCGGAUUACGCCACGAAAUGGGGAAGCGGUCCAUCUGUGGACGUUACGGGUGCUUGGUUCCAGGGACCAUCUUUUUUGUAUCAACCGAUGGAAGGGUGGCCGAAGCAGAAAGUGCCAUUACCAAUGGUGGAAGAAGAGUUCCGUCCAUGCAACGUUCAUGUGGAAGCGGCUGUACCAACGGCGGUGAUUGAUUGCGAGCGCUUCUCUAAGUGGGAACGUCUACUGAGUGCAACGGCCUACGUGCAUCGCUACGUGGGGAACCUGAAACGAAGCAUCUAA